GUGCCGAGGCCGAGCCGGGGCGGUACCGGGGCGGUGUAACGCGAGGGGCGGUAGCGGCGCAGUCUGAGGGAAUGCGGGCGGCCAAGAUGGCUGCUGCUGCCGCCGCUGCUGGCCGUCACUGGCUGAGGAGCUGCAGCCAGCUGCGGGUGCCGGUGCGAUGGCGGGGCCAGGCCACGGCUGCUGUGGUGACCGAGAGCACCAAGCCCCACAUCCAGCCCCAGGAGAGGAAGCCUAAAACAGGAAUCCUGAUGUUGAACAUGGGAGGCCCGGAGCGGCUGGAUGACGUCCACGAUUUCCUGCUGCGCCUCUUCCUGGACAGGGAUCUGAUGACCCUUCCAGCUCAGAACCGGCUGGCCCCGCUCAUCGCGCGGCGCCGCACGCCCAAGAUCCAGGAGCAGUACAGCCGGAUCGGCGGCGGCUCCCCCAUCAAGAAGUGGACGGCGGUGCAGGGAGAGGGCAUGGUGAAGCUGCUGGACAGCAUGUCUCCUCGCACUGCUCCUCACAAGUACUACAUCGGGUUCCGCUACGUGCACCCGCUGACCGAGGAGGCCAUCGAGGAGAUGGAGAGGGACGGUGUGCAGAGGGCCAUUGCCUUCACCCAGUACCCCCAGUACAGCUGCUCCACCACAGGAAGCAGUUUAAAUGCCAUUUAUCGCUACUACAGCCAGAAGGGGGAGAAGCCAAAGAUGAGGUGGAGCGUAAUCGACCGGUGGCCCACACAUCCCCUUCUCAUUCAGUGCUUUGCUGAUCACAUCCAGAAGGAGCUGAACCUGUUCCCACCAGACAAGAGGAAAGAGGUGGUGAUCCUGUUCUCAGCCCACUCGCUGCCCAUGUCUGUGGUGAACCGUGGCGACCCGUACCCGCAGGAGGUGGGAGCCACUGUGCAGAGGGUCAUGGAGAAGCUCAACCACUCCAACCCCUACAGGCUGGUGUGGCAGUCCAAGGUUGGGCCAAUGCCUUGGCUGGGCCCCCAGACAGAUGAGACCAUCAAAGGGCUGUGCCAGCGAGGAAAGAAGAACAUGCUGCUGGUCCCAAUAGCAUUCACCAGUGACCACAUUGAGACCCUGUAUGAGCUGGACAUUGAGUAUGCUCAGGUUUUAGCCAACGAGUGUGGCGUUGAGAACAUCAGGCGAGCAGAGUCUCUCAAUGGAAACCCGCUGUUCUCCAAGGCCCUGGCAGACCUGGUGUGCUCCCACCUGCAGUCCAACGAGGUGUGCUCCCGCCAGCUGACCCUGUGCUGCCCGCUCUGUGUCAACCCCGUCUGCAGGGAGAGCAAGGCCUUCUUCACCAGCCAGAGCCAGCCCUGAGGGCCACAGCUGCUGCUCCAGGAGCAAGGACAGCUGCACUGGGGCUUGCUUUGCCUGAGGAGAGCUGGAGCAAGCGGGGAGGGAGGGCACGGGUCCUGCCAGUGUGAGGAGAUCGCACCGACCCCAGCGGGCUGAGCGUGGGCCCAGCACUGAGCACUGGAAGGCUCCCACAGCUUUUUACAAUUAGCUUCUCUUUCUAUGCAGGGAUUGAUCUGUGUGCAGGCUGCUCACGAGUGCAUGAACCUGCCAGGUCACAGGUUUUGCUUCAGGUGCAGUCUGAGCAGCACAGCCUGUUGUCUGUUCUGAGAGGGACUUUGGAGAUCAAGUGACUUCUAAUGCUUUUUAAUAAUGUUUAUGUAUAUAUAUAUUUCUUUUUUAGGACAUAAAGAUAAGGCUUUGUUUUGGUUUGGUUUUCUCCUGCCAGAAACUUGCAGUGAAAGCUUAGCUGGGAUAGUGGAACGCACAAAACUUGUUUACUUCCUUGUUCUAGGAAAAACAUUUUCAUUAUCUGCAGGUGAGUAUUUGAAGAGCAGAAACUGAAAGGAAUCAGCCUGCUUGGGUGAUACUGGAGAAUUUGCUCCACUGAACCUGCAUGUUUCAAGUCUAGCAGGAGCACGUGUGGAAACAUGCUGGCUUAUCUGUUAAGCAGAAUGGCUUUUAAAAUUCUUCUUAUUUUGAUUAAAAAGGGCUUUUUCUGUUUGGUGAAGUAAAUUUAGGAAGUCAGGCUUGUUCUCCAGGAGGUUUAUAGAUCCACUCUGUGCUUUCUACUGUGGUUUUGUGGGAUACCUGUGGAGUGCCAUAGGUAGGAUUGAUCUGGCUUAAUUGCUGUUGUUUAAAAGGAGGUGAUCAGUCAGGAGCAGUUUCCAGUUCCACUCUGCAGAAGCCUGAGGACAGGGCACUGUGAGCCUGGUCUGAGCCCAGCUUCACCUGAUGUCCUGAGCACUGGCCCUGCAGGCUGGCUCCUGGCAUGGCUGCUGCCACACUGCUCAGCCAGGCUGAUCUGCUCAGGAGAGCACGAGGCACGAGCAGCUUGCACCUCUGCUUCUGUGAGAAGGGGUGGGUAAAGAAGGGAGUGCAGAUCAGGGUUAGUCUGGCUCUGCUUGUUGCUGGAAUCAAAGCUGGAGCACUGAGGGAAGGCUGUGGUGAGCACCAUGCAGUGCUGUGAAUCCCCAGAACCUCUGCAGAGCUGCCUGCUCCACUGCCAUCCCUGCUGCCCAGGGGCACAGACACGUUCCUGCAGUGCCAGGAGCUCCUGCAGCACCCUGCCCUCACACAGAGUCUUCCUUGACCCUUCAUGCCUGUGCCUGUUGCAGUGGCAGGGAGCCAGAAGCUUCUCCUCUCCCUCCCCUUGGGCUCUGCUCACUGCCUGGGCAGGAGAAGGAGCACAAAUGUCCAGUUUGUCUGGGAACACUGGCCUUAUGUCUCUCGUUGGACAAAGAACUUCCUCUGUUUCACUGCUCUGCCUCACACUUAGGGAUCAGUCUGUCAGAUCUUCCUGCUCACUCCUGCUUGCUCCCAGCUGGAGGAACGUGGACCUUCAGGUGGUGCAGGCUGUGACCACCACAUUUACAAGUGGGGAAAGCAAAGGUUAACUUCAUAUGAACCUUGUGGUAUCAUAAAUACAGAUGGCUUUUCAUUUUCACACUGAAAACACUGGCUGGCACUGAUUCUGAGGCAUUAUGUUUGUCCCCAGUAAUAAAAGGUACUUAAAAUUCACUUUUGAGUGUUCUAACCACAAGUGGGAUAAUUACUGUGUUGCUGCUAUUACACCAUCAUGUAGAAAUCACUUAAUUUUCCAGCUUUUAGCAGUUGGGCCUGUCUCACAGAGCUGCUGUUUGCUGUCAGAGCAGUUUCCAUCAAGGCUUCUGAGGAUUCCUCAUCUCCCAGCAGGUUGGGUGAGUGCCUGCCCUGAGGAGAGAUGGGUGCCAAGGUGCAUGUGCCUUGCUGAGCCCUCCUAGUGCAGCCCAGAGUGUGAGUGCAGCUGCCUGUGCCCUGCAGGAGUUCCCAGUGCCCCCAGCAGGCUGCAAACCCCGCUGUCCCCAGGGCUGGCAGGCUCUGGUGCUGCACAGCAGUGCAGCUGGGCUGUCCUGAGCAGUGCACUCCCCUGGGGGCAGUCCUGGGGAUGGCAGGGGGUCACUGCCCCCUGCCCAGCACAGCUCCCAGCACUGUGCAGCUCUGGCCUCAGGACAUCCGCUGGAAAUGGAGGAGCUGAACAGCCCCUGGUGUCCUCAGGGAGGAAGUGGGAGCUAAAGGGGUGAGCUGUUUUUCCUGCUUUCACACUCUCCAGUUUGGCUUAUUCAUCAUCAAGUGAUGUUUUUUACCCUGUCCCUCGGUCCUGGCUGCGUUUCAGAGAAGGUGGGAGCUCCCCAGAGGUGCUGUGACACCACAAGGUCUGUGGAUUUGUCAGAGCUGUGACACCAGAAGCUGUGUGAUGUGUCAGAGCUAGUGGGAGCUUGUGGAUGUGUCAGAGCUGAGCUCCUGCCAUGCCCUGGAGAGGAGGAUCAGUGGGGCCAGGGUUUCCCCAGGAGAACCCAAAGCUCAGUGAAUUCUCCCUUCCCACCAGAGCUGGGGAUCACUGUGAAGUGUAAGCUUCAAGGCAGAGCAGCUCCUUUGAUUUUGUUAAUGCCAGAUGUGUAUAGAUACUUGCUUUUAACCCUACAUAUGCAUCUCAGAUUGACCAAGGACUUCCAUUAGAUGUAACACAGCAAAUUUGAUCAUCCUACUGUGUGUCAUUUGCCAUAAGGAUGGAAUUCCAAUUAAAGUCUUUUUU